UCCUGUGUUGUGGCAGGUUGUGUGGUGCGGGCAAGUUCAAGUUGUUUGAAGACAAUCUCUCUUCUUUUUGACUAUCAGAUUGUAUUGUUAGUUUAGGGAUUGCUGAGACAACUGGCUUUACAAAAGCCGUUUUCUACCAUGAGAGAUAAAGCGUUUAUUUACGUGUUUAACUAAGUCAGGAGUGGCAGAUUGGGGCCUUUCCAAGGCUAUGGUUUGAGAGGAAAUCUGACAGGGAAAAUUUUUCCUCAAUGAAUGUCUAAAUCCACGAAAGAAAGGAUAUAAUCAAAUACAAUAUUGUCAUUUUUAUAUAACAAUUGGAUAACAGAGAAAUAAUUAUUCGUUUGCCGUGGAGGAUUACCAAGUGUAUAAAAAGAAAACAACGAAUUUAGUGGAUGAUGUCUUCACUUCCAAAUAGGCCUCAAAAUCCACAUGGACUUCGACAAAUAAAACUGGACGAGAUUUGGGAUGAUUUAGAAGGUGGCAUUGAUCAUGUAUACAGAAGACAAAGUAUGGCAAAGCCACGUUACAUGGAACUUUAUACACAUGUUUACAAUUAUUGUACAAGUAUAAAUCAAACACAACAACAAAAAAUCCAUAAAGGAAAGAAACCAUCAAGUAAUCAACCUGGUGCUCAAUUUGUUGGAUCUGAUCUUUAUAAGCGUGUAAAGGAAUUUCUGAGAACAUAUUUAGUAAACUUGUUAAAGGAUGGUGCUGAUCUAAUGGAUGAAUCUGUUCUCACAUUUUACACUCAGCAAUGGGAGGACUAUAGAUUUUCUAGCAAAGUACUCAAUGGUGUUUGUGCCUAUUUAAAUCGACAUUGGGUACGAAGGGAACGUGACGAAGGAAGCAAAGAUAUAUAUGAAAUAUAUUCACUUGCUUUGGUAACUUGGAGAGAUUGCCUGUUCAAACCACUUCAUAAACAGGUAACAACUGCUGUACUUCGUUUGAUUGAAAGAGAAAGAAAUGGUGAAACAAUUAACACUAGGCUCGUCAGUGGUGUUAUUCAGUGUUAUGUCGAACUUGGCUUGAAUGAAGAAGACAACGAUACAAAAGGACCCACACUAAGCGUUUACAAGUCAUCGUUUGAAAAGUUGUUUUUUGAAGACACAGAGAGAUUUUAUGCUGCUGAAAGUGUUGAAUUUUUAAGACAAAAUCCAGUUACAGAAUACAUGAAAAGGGCUGAAACCCGUCUUGCUGAAGAACAAAAGAGAGUGAGAUUGUAUUUACACAAGAGUACCCAGGACGAGCUUGCAAGAAAGUGUGAGCAAGUCUUGAUUGGGAAACAUUUUGAUAUUUUGUAUGCAGAGUUCCAGAAUUUACUAGAUGAUGACAAGGACUCAGAUUUAGGUCGCAUGUACAGCUUGGUGAAAUUAAUUCCAGAUGGUCUUGGCGAACUCCGUAAUUUAUUAGAGCGACAUAUUUGUUGCCAAGGGCAUAACGCUAUUGAAAAAUGUGGAGAUGAAGCAUUAAACGAUCCUAAAGUGUACGUUGAAACAAUUCUAUCAGUUCAUCGUAAAUACAAUGCGUUGGUGAUGACUGCUUUCGGAAAUGAUACUGGUUUUAUUGAAGCUCUUGAUAAGGCUUGUGGUAAAUUCAUUAAUAAUAAUGCUGUGACAAAACAAGCCAACAGUACAUCGAAAUCACCCGAACUUCUCGCAAGAUUUUGCGAUUCUCUCCUUAAGAAAAGUUCGAAAAAUCCGGAAGAGGCUGAGUUGGAAGAUAUUCUAAAUUCUGUUAUGGUAGUGUUCAAAUACAUCGAGGACAAAGAUGUCUUUCAGAAAUUCUACUCAAGAAUGCUUGCCAAGAGAUUAGUAAAUCAAACGUCUGCGUCAGAUGAUGCUGAAGCUAACAUGAUUUCUAAGCUCAAACAAGCGUGUGGUUUUGAGUAUACAUCAAAACUUCAAAGAAUGUUUCAAGAUGUUGGUGUUAGUAAAGACCUGAAUGAUCAGUUUAAGAAAUAUCUUAGCAAUUCUAAUCAAUUAGAAGCGAUUGUGGAUUUUUCCAUACAAGUUCUGAGCUCAGGAUCCUGGCCUUUUCAGCAAUCAAUUGAUUUCAAUUUACCCACUGAGCUGGAAAGAAGUCAUCAGCGAUUCACGAAUUUUUACAGCAGUCAACAUAGCGGAAGAAAACUUCAAUGGGUCUACCAAAUGUCUAAGGGAGAAAUUGUGACCAACUGUUUCAAAAACAGAUAUACGCUACAAGCGUCGACAUUUCAAAUGGGUAUUCUCCUAAUGUUCAACAAUCAAAUCAGCUUCAGUGUAAAACGGAUUCAGGAACAUACUGGGCUUAACCCUGACACCUUGAUUCAAAUAUUAACCGUUCUUCUGAAAUCAAAAUUACUGAUAUCUGACACUGAAGCUGCUAAUUUAGUAUCCUCAUCCAAUAUGAAAUUAUUUCUUGAAUACAAGAACAAAAAACUACGAGUGAAUAUCAACGUUCCAGUGAAACUGGAGCAAAAACAGGAGCAAGAACAAACACAUAAAUAUAUUGAAGAAGAUAGAAAACUUCUUAUUCAGGCUGCGAUUGUUCGCAUUAUGAAGAUGCGUAAAGUUUUAAAGCAUCAGCCUCUGCUGGCGGAGGUCAUGCAGCAACUAUCUAGUAGAUUUAAGCCAAGAGUCCCCGUUAUCAAGAAAUGUAUUGACAUAUUAAUAGAGAAGGAAUAUUUGGAAAGAGUAGAAGGAGAAAAAGACACGUACAGUUACCUAGCAUGAAUGUUUUAAUUAUGCUAUCAGAGAUUUCAUUCUGAAAGUCUCUUACACACUCCAGUAUCACUAAUCUCUCACAGUGUUCUAUAGGGAGGUACCAAAUGUUGUUAAAGCACACUAAACUAAAGUUGUGAUGUUCAAUGAAAGUUAUCGCAUGCACACAAACUUCAUGUGCGAAAGUUUCUUAAAUCUGUGUACAUUAUGUUCUUUUUUGUAAACAUUAAUUCUUCGAAAAUAUUUAAAAAAUAAAUAUUCUUGGUAUAAUUGC